AUGAGACAGUGCGAGCGGAGCCGUAGUCGCGGCCGGGCAGAUGAGCCAAAUCCCGCCCUCGAAGGCCAGGCAGAGGCGGUUGAACAGCAGGAACAACAACAGCUACAGCCGCCUACUUCCCCCCUUCCAGACGGAGGCUAUGGGUGGGCCGUCACCGCCUGCGUCGCCAUCGUCAACGGCCACUCCUGGGGCAUCAAUGCGGCAUACUCGGUGUUUCUGGGUCAUUAUCUAGCCAACGACGUCUUUUCCGGUGCCACGCCCCUCGGCUAUGCCUUUGUUGGGUCGCUAAGCAUCGGUUGCACAUUUCUCAUCUCGCCCCUCGCAACCAUCGCCGUACGAGUCUUCGGAACAAGACCAACCAUGUUAUUGGGUGCGGUCCUGCAGUCCGUGAGCCUCGUCUGCGCCAGCCUCACGACCCGCAUGUGGCACCUCUUUCUAUCCCAGGGCGCCCUCUUCGGCAUCGGCAUGGGCCUGCUCUUUGUCCCAUCCUACGGCAUUAUCUCGCAGUGGUUCGCUGCCCGGCGUGCCUUGGCCAACGGCAUCGCCAUUGCCGGUGCGGGGAUUGGCGGCCUUGUGUAUUCUCUGGGCUCGGGCGCCAUGAUCCGCAACCUUGGUCUGGAGUGGACACUUCGAAUCCUGAGCAUGGUUUCUUUCGUGGUCAACGUUUUAUGCAUCCUGCUCAUACGAACCCGAUACGGGGCGACCGGCUCACGCCAGCUGGCGUUUGACCCGAGUCUUUUCAAGAGAGUCGAGUAUCUCCUUAUCCUGGCUUUUGGUUCCUUUAGCAUGCUCGGGUACUUCGUCCUGCUCUUUACACUCGCCAACUACGCGGACGAGAUAGGGCUCGACGCAUCUCAGGCAGCAGUCAUCCCGGCCCUGCUCAUGCUAGGCCAAGCUCUCGGCCGACCCGUCAUCGGGCACUUCAGCGACAAAAUGGGGUGUAUUAACAUGGCCGCCCUCCUGACCCUUCUAACCGGUGUCUUCUCCCUCACUAUCUGGGUUAAUGCCAAAACCUACGGUGUGUUGAUUUUCUUCGCACUCAUCGGGGGCACGGUAGCCGGCGUGUUCUGGGUGACCGUCGCACCUGUGAUAGCCGAGGUCAUCGGCCUCGAGAACCUACCUUCGGGGCUGACGCAGUUAUGGUUGGCGUUGGUCCUUCCAGCGACGUUCAGCGAGCCCAUCGCGCUCGAGAUUGUUGUGAAAACGGGGAACUAUAUCGGGGCACAGCUCUUCACCGGUCUCUUUGGGAGGCGAGGAGCUUACAAUGUCCGACUGGGUCUCUGUUGGUCUGGCUCCAGUGUAUAUGCGUUGUUCGACAUUUUCGAUGAAGCCGAAGCGCCAGAAUGUUCAUACAUUGGUAUCGCAGGUCGUUUUGAGCCGGUGACGGUCAUCCGUCACUCGGCUGACGCACGAGCCCCCUACGUUGCGCCCCACCCAUUGGAAGGUCCCGCAUGCUGCGGCGCCCUGUCGGGGCUGGCUGAGGUGACCACAGUCGCGUGCCUGGUUGGUGUUAUGGAUUCGGAUCUUACUUAUACGGCCCGCCUGCGCGAGGUGGUCGAGCGAUGUCUUCUCGAGUCCCAGCAGCAGGCGCCGGAAAACACGAGACGAGCGGGCUUCGCGUCUAUUCCUGAAGGCUGGCCGGCAACCCACGUGCCCGGACGACCCCUACCGGAAGACCUUGUCGAUGAGGGCAAACUGCUGCUCUUCAUGGCCGACGAGGUGGUUUCCCGUGCGCCUCGGACCGGCUCCCGGGUCGCCCAGGAGCGGAGGAAACGUCGCGAAACCGAACAAGCCGGUGGGAUCGCCAAACGGAAGAAACUGCAGGGCCAUGGCAAGGACGAGGUCGCCGAGUGGCCAGAAGGCUGUAUAGUGGCUCACACCGUACCUGCGGACGCCGAUGACGCAGAUUCCGGGGACGAGGAAAGCUCCUUCGAAUCAUCGCUCAAGCUUCAGUAUAACACGGUUCGGAGCUACGUCUCCGCCAUCCAGAAGCUCUACGACGUCCAGAGGACUCGCGGAAUAAAUCCGGCGCCCCGGCCGCAAAGCGUGGCGUUAAAGGCCAUGCAGAAAUCGAUCCUCCGGACGACUUGGGCUCGCAAGCGUUCGGAAUACGCGGACCGCGGCGAAAACACGAUCAAGGACUCGUAUACGCCGUCUCAGAUUCCGGUCCACACGUCCGCCGUAUGGAACGAGUCCAAGCAGAUCGCCUGCGCCCUGCGAACGCAGGUGGAUUUUCUUCUCGGCAACCAUAUGCUUCUUCGUUCGAGCAAUCGGCGGCCGCUCGAGCUCCCAGAUUGCUUUUGUCUGGAACUCCCCAACGAGGGCGUCAAGGAUAAGGAUAACAUCACUCGGGCAUUUGUCGUCGUGAUGAAUCAGGGAAAAACUAACCAGCACGGUCGUCUGGAAUAUGGCGCCUGUUUGAGACAUCGCGAUCCGUUGGCCUGCCUCGUGGGCGCCCUAGGUUUCUGGCUCUUUUACCGCUGGCACGUGGAGAAGGAGUCGUUCCCGAGCUUUUCGCGACGAGAAGACUGGUACGACCUGAAGAUCCUUCGGCGCUCGAUCAACGAGCCCAAAGAUGUGUUGACCCCCCAGACUGCGAACGACUGGACUCGGCGUUUCUAUGAGAAAAGCGGAAUUAAGACGACUAAGGCGAGUCAUGCCCCGCGAGUCGCGAGCUCUCAGAACGCGGACAUCGCCGGUGUCCACGAAGGCCAGAUCCGCCGCGCGGGCCGCUGGAAUAACGGAGACCAGAUGACGGGCUGCUAUCUGACCUCUCUGCCCCUGGAGUUUAUGCGGGCUGUCGCCGACUUUGACCCUGAAUGGUCGGGGUCUUAUUUCAUUGUCAGGAGCACCGCCAAGCCUCCCGGCCGUCUUCUUGCCCGGGUCUUCCCUGGGUUAGAUUACUGGAAGGAACAGCACGACGCUCCGGAAAGUAGUCCAUUCGCCGCCACCGUUCAGCAAGACAAGGCUGCGGGCGCCUUCCUUGAGCUUCUCGCCUGGCUCUGGGAGGUGGUCCUCCAAGAUGCUGCCUUCCUGAAACCUCUGUUCCCGAAUCAUCCCAUCUUCCGGGACCCUCUCUUCCGGGAUCCGGAAUUCGAACAAUACGCAGCCCGGCAGGUCGCCCAGAAUGCGCUAAACCAACGGCGACACGAGGAAACGGUUCAGGCCCUCCGGAAGCUAGAAAGGAAACUAGACCUGCUGGUGAACACCAGAUAUACGGUUACUAUAAGCCCCGAAGGUAAACAUCUGGAACAGAGGGUGGAGUUGCCACGCGGCAGGCGCGUACACCGGAGACGGCGAGAGUCGUCGCUGUCUCCCUGCUCCCCGCCUCCCCAUGCCUCUUCGCUUGCCUCCACCAAUGCCGCCGCCUCCUCUUCUAAUACCGAGCAUCUUCUUCGGGCCGGGAACGAGAAGCCGGUUGGACAGCAUAUUCCUACAGUGUCUCCGUCGAAAGCUCCAGGCGUCGCAGUUGUCGGUCCGGAGGAUGACGAAUCGCCGCCCCGUUUUCGAUUCCCACAGUCCGUCAGGACGGUAAUGGAACUCUGGCGUCUCUGGAGACACGGACUACCUCCAAUGCCGUCCAUUCAAAGUCUCGAAGAGCGUUGGGGUGCUCGGUGGCGAGCAAGAGGCGACCGACAAUACUUCUCCAUCCGUCGUAGAAUUCUCGACGAGAUUGUACGUCGCUCGCAAGCCCGAGACCAGCCGGAGGAGGUCUCGGCGCGAGAGAUGGAUAUAGAGAGGGGGAAGAUCUCUUUGGAUAAGUUCUCCAAAGCUCUGGGGGCGCAACGGGGCCAGGGCACCGGUUGA